AUUUCAAUCUUGCGUUUGGUUAUUAUUAAUGGAAUAUGGCUACGGUUUUCGAAAGUUCGUUCUUAUCGAAUAGAGCACAUCGUGUUGAGGAACGAUAUGAAGAAUCGGCAAACACUUUUGGCAAAUGUGACUGUACUAGCUAUAGCUAUCUUGCAUUGAGCGUUAUUCUGUUUAUGAUUGGGACAGCUAUUACUAUUUUUUCUUUGGACGAUAUCGUAGGCGGACACAUAUUUUUUAAACUUGGUCACAUGUGGCUUAUUGGUCCAAUAUUCAUUUGUUCUGGACUAAUGGUAGCUGUCAAAUGUAUGCUUUACCUGCGACGAAAGUCCGUUAUACAGAUGAUAUUUCAUCAACGACAAUUGUUCAGACAUUUACAGGAAUUGAGCGGUGCUCGUGGUAUCGAACGUAUUGACAUACAAACUCCAGGUCCACCCUCUUACGAAGCAAUCGCUCAAGAAAUUUGCAAUGAAUUACCUCCGCCUUCUUAUGCAGAGGCGGUAGCGCUUGUACGCAAAACUAUCGAAAGCAAUACCAAAUCAAAUAGUGCAAGUGUUUCUUGCGAUAGCAUCGCUAUUGACCAAAACGUCAGGUGUAAACCUUGAAACGAUAUCUUUUUUCGAUUGAAAGACGGUCGCAACAAAAACUGUAAAUUAUACUUUUGAAUUAUGAACUAUUGUUCAUUUUUAUUACAUACGUUUAUUACAUUGAACGUACUUUUUUUUAUUACAAAAGAAAUAUUAUCGCACGUUCUACCCGUUAAGGGUUAAAGGGGAAAGAAGGGUGUACUCGAUACUCAUUGUCUGUUAUUUUAUCAGAAUGUCGGUAUCAGCAAAAUGUCGGAUAACUGUUUGAUGAAUAAAAUGCAAUUCGCACAAUAGUCCAAUUGAUAAGAGAAUAUUUCUAUAAGUGAAAUAUUCGAGUUAUUAUAUGUAGAAAUUUAAUUCAAUGAGAUCACUAUAUAUAAGUUUUUUUUUUUUUUUUACUAUAUAAAUCUUUUGUGAACAUAAUACAAAUUAUAUAUAUAUAAAUUUUUACACUAUCUUUUAUGUAUAAUAUAACGAAUUUUACAAAUUGAGAAGAAGUUACAAUAGCGUGAUAGAUAUUAUUUGUUAAAACAUAUACAAUGUUAAAAAUAUGACGAAUAACAUGGUCAAUAAGUAUUAUUGAAACCUAUAAUGGACAAUAAUAAAAUAUUGCCGCAAUUUGGGGAAGUUGUUUUAUCCUACAAAUUAUUUAUUUGAACUUGAUACUCGCAGAAAAAACUGGCGUAUUUUUGUGUAUUGGACGGUUAUAAUAAAUAACGAAAACGAGAAGAAGAUAUUGAAUUUUACUGUUAAUAAAAUUUGUAAGAGCAAUUUGAAUGUACAUUUACGAUGUAUUACUUAAUGAAAAAGCGAAUAAAAAAAAGAUGUUUUAUA